CACCCACUUUCAGACAGGUUAUUAAGGCUGUCAGGUGUAAGCCGGCUGCAGGUUUAUGACUAUCAGGUAAUAACUCCCAGCAGCAGCAGCAGCAAGAGCGGCAGGAGUCACCUGGAGCCGCCGUUUGGACGCAGGAGGUUUGAUCUCCCACAGCAGAGCAGAUCUCCGUCUCAACAUGAACGCAGGCAGACAGCUCACUGAUGAACGGCGUUUCAUCGUCGUCCUCGUCGCCACGUGCGUCCUGAGCUGCAGCCGGGCUUCGCCGAGGACCAGCCCGCCCCUCGACCCCAGCUACCCCUUCCUGUUCAUGUGGAACGCCCCGACAGAGCUGUGCGACACCCGCUUCGGCAUGCCGCUCGACCUGUCGUACUUCCAGUUCGUCAGCAGCACGCUGAAGUCGGCAACCAACCAGAGCAUUUCCAUAUUCUACACCGACCGCUUCGGCAUCUUCCCGUACGUGGACGAGGAGACGGGCAAGAUGUACGAAGAAGGCCUGCCGCAGCUGAUCGACUUAAAGGAGCACCACGAGGAGGCUGAGGAGGACAUCAAGCACUACAUCCCUGCCAACCAGCCGGGCCUCGCCGUGCUCGACUUUGAAGAGUGGAGGCCGCAGUGGAGCCGAAACUGGGGCAGCAAAGACAUCUACCGCCAAAUCUCCAUCAAGACGGUGAGGAAGAGGAACCAGACGUUGUCCGAUGAGGAGGCAGAGGACAAGGCGAAGGUCGUGUUUGAGCGAGCCGCCAAGAGAUAUUUCCUCCGAUCAAUUCGCAUCGGGAAGAAACUGAGACCGAACCGGCUGUGGGGGUACUACCUGUACCCUGACUGCUACAACUACGACUACAACCAGGACAUGGCCAGCUUCACCGGAGAGUGUCCCCACAUCGAGCACGAGAGGAACGACGAGCUGCUGUGGCUCUGGAAAGAGUCCACCGCCCUCUUCCCCUCCAUCUACCUGGAGCUGGUGCUCAGAGACUCGUACCAGGCCCGUCUGUACGUCCGCCAUCGGAUCCGCGAGGCCAUGAGGGUGUCGACCCUCCCCGACAGCUCCUACUCCAUCCCCGUCUACGCCUACAUCCGCCCAGUCUACAAGGACAGCGUCGACGACUACCUGUCAGAGUUCGACCUGGUCAACACCAUCGGGGAAGCGGCUGCUCUCGGCGCCGCCGGCGUCGUUUCCUGGGGAGACAUGAACGUCACUGACAAUGAGGACUCGUGUUUUGAUGCGCGGCGCCACCUGGAGCGUGUCAUGAACAGGUACAUCCUCAACGUCACCACGGCGACGCAGCUGUGCAGCGAGUCGCUGUGCCAGGCGCGAGGCCGCUGCGUCAGGAAGCGCUGGGACUUUGACGACUUCCUGCACCUGGACGCUCGCCGAUUCCGGAUCGAGCAGCGGCGGGGCGGGGCUCUGACGGUGCGCGGCGGCCUGUCGCAGGACGACGUCGACUGGUUCGACCGCCGCUUCGACUGUCUGUGCUACAGCGCCGAGCCGUGCCGCUCGCCACUGAUUCUCAACAUCAUCCCCGACGCCGUCAUGACCACCCACAGCCGCUCAGCGGGACGCCACACCGCCUGCAGCUCCUGCAGCCUCCUGCUGGGGGCGGCAGCGCUCCUGCUGGCGUUUGUCACCGCGUGAGAGGAAGUAAAUGCAAAUGAUCCCUCAGUGUGUGGACUGAUGCUCACUUCCUCUUCUUCUGUUUAUUCCAAACGAGACAAUAAGCAAGCAGCUUAUUAUGACCCACAGUUAGGCUUUAAAGGGAAGCGCCCUCUAGUGGUUGUGUAAAUAACAACAGUGUGGGGGUGGAUGAGUCACCUCGACUUUCAGCCCGGAGACUUGGGUUCAGUUCCCAUGUAAGGCAAGUCUGGAAGUUUGUUUCCAGGUGUUUUGUUUGUUUUGUUACCAUGGCAACAAAGCUCCUCUAGCCUUAAGUUCAGCCUCACCUGAACCUUAACCUGAACCUUAAGUGUUUUUGCUGCCUGAACUGAAGCACACUGUGAGCGUUUUGACGCCGGUGCUCCAUGGCUUGAGUCAUAUCUCCUGCUGCCAGGAGGGGGCGCUAAUUUAAGAAACAGUCCUGUGGGUUGAAUUAGAGGGGAGGAGCAAACCAGCUGUGUGUUUGUACCCUUAAAAUACCUCCUCCUUCCUUCUCCACUUUCCCCUUCACUAAACUACACACAUACACACACACACACACACACACACACACACACACGCACACGCACACGCACACACACACACACACACACACACACAUAUACACACACACACACACACACACACAGUUAUAGGAAAAUCUCACAGAUUACGACGAUAAUGUUGUGAGUGUUUUGGCUCCAUGUUGGAUUCCCCUGUUUGCUUUACAGGCCGUGUGUGUUUCAUUCUAAUUUGAAAACUUGAAAUAAUGUAUAUUACAAACUGUAAAUAUUAGUUCUGUUGUGUGUCUGUUCUUGAAUAAAAAUUUAUACU